AUCACAUGACCGUGACAUGUGUCAUGUGACGUGGGAGUAGGUCACGUGGACAGGAGCGCGCCGCUGGUGUGACAAAUAAGGGAGUACGCGCUGAGGGGGGCUCGCAGUGUCUGGCGGCGGGGAGCUCGGGAUGGCGCAUCCAUUCGGGGAAGAGGAGGAGGCCUCUCUCAGGAGUCUGCACGGCUUCUUCUGCUGGUGUUUACACAGGGCUAACUGGGAGCUGGCCCGGGCUUGUCUCCCCCAACUCUACCGGGGAGCCCGAGCUGGGGAAGUGGAGGAGAUACUGACAGCUCUUGUCACGGCUCCGCACCUGCUCAGUUGUGAUGAAAACCACAGCCCUCAAAAGCUCUCCUGGUUUUGGCUCAGUGCCCUGGAGACAUGGCAAGGGUGGGGUAAGAAACAUCCACCCCCAUUCCUCAAAGGUAAAACGGAAUUCCUGCUGCUUUUGGAGGAACUGCAAGAUGAAGCCUCAGAACAAGUACUCAAGGAGCUGUAUGAAGCUUUUUUAUACAGUCACCAAGACUCAUCUGAAAACAGAAGGGAAAUCUCUGGUCCAAAGCUCGGGCCGGACACUGUCUCUUUAUUAAGAACCUUCCUCGCUCGCGAUCCUCGACUUGUACAAGCUUUGAUAGGUUUUUUACUCAUUGAUCAUUCUCAUCCUUCUGCACUGGAAUACAACCAUCUCCUGCUUAACAUUUCUGUGGGUUAUCUUUUGGAUUUAAUCAAAUCUCUGCAGGAAAGUCAACAGCGUCACGACUCUAAGGAGAUGGAAAAAAUAGCCGAACAGAUUUAUGGCGUCUUGAGCACCAUGCACUUCAACGGGGAGCUACAAGCCAAUGAACUGAAACACUUGUGCCAAGAGCUCUUCACAGCCUGCUGGAAUACUGGGAGCGUUCUAGCAGAGGAGCAGAUCCAGCAGUGCAUGCUGAGAAAGCAGAACUAUGCUCUGGUCAGUUUGUAUGGCGUUGUGGCAAGCGACAAUAUGAAGGCAUUUAUCACUGCACAGAAGAGUCCAGGAAAAGGAGCAGCCUGCGAGCUUUCUGAUUCGGAAAGAGCUAUCCUUGCGUUAUUCUGCGACCCAGAUCAAGUGAACCCAUGGAAGACUGCUUAUUUUUACUGCCUCUCUACUGGAAAACACUUUCUGGAGCAAAUCCUGCUUACUUCUUUGACUCUGCUGAAAAGGGAGGAUUUCACAAGAUUAAGUAUGCUGCUAAGAAAUGAGUUGAAACCACUCAGACGUCUCCUUGUACUGCUGGGCUGGACCCACUGUCACAGUAUAGAGUCAGCAAAAAUGCUGUUAUGCACACUUCACCAAAAUAAGGAUUUGUACAAUGAUCUAGUGUUAAAAGAAUUCUGUGACGGACUUGUGUAUCAAGUAGAAGCAUUGGAAUGGUGCAUACAACACAACAGUCAGGGUAUUCCUAAAAAGGAUGUUCUUCGACACUUGUACGGUUUGGACCGGCAUUCUGCACUUUAUAUCCUUCAUCAUCUAACUCGCCUCCCAGAACUUAAUGAGGAAGAGGUUUUAAAGCUUCUAAAGAAAGGGCAAGCCUCAGCAGGGGAUGAUGCCUCAUACCAGCAAGACUGCCAUUAUUUGAUUCCACAGCGCAACACCGUUAUGUUCCAGGCAUUCUGUGCCAUGAAGUAUGCCAUGUAUGCUUUGUGUGUUAAUGCUCAUAGGCGUACACAGUGCAGAGAUUGCCUUCCUCACCUGCUAAACGGAUCCUCUGAGGAUACCGAAUUUCCAUGUGUGCCAGAAAAAGAGACCUUAGUUUUUCAAGAUCUUUCCGCUUUUUUUGUACAGUAUUUUACCAAGUGCCAGUAUUAUCUACAGUUACUGCCUGCCCCCUUUCGGCUCGAAAUUCUGGAGAACAUUUUCUCCUUAUUGUUUGUAUCACUAAGUGACUUAAAUAAAGAACCUGCACAUUCGGAGGACUAUCCUGUCGAGGAUGAAGAGGAAGUCAAAUUAAAUCUGAAAACUGAAGGACUCGGCGUAUUGGACAGCAGCCUUGAUAAAGGAGAGUCAGUAGCAGUAUCUUCACCAAUUGAAACCACCCUGAAUAAGGAUUGUUCUUUCAACAGUGCUGAUUUGUCAGGUAUCUCAAACGGAUCACCUGCUUCCACCGUAGAUAGCUCUCAAAGGACACAGCCCAUUCUUCCAAGGCCUAGUUUCCUAGACCUGAAACAUUUUACAAAAGGAUUGUCAGGAUUCUUAGCCGAUGAAGUGGUCCUUGAUCAGUUUUUGAAAAUGCUAACAGACCACGUGGAAGAACUUAAAGACUGUUCUCCGUGGAGUGGGCAUAACGAGGAGACUAAACUUCUGGAGUGUAUGAACCUUUCGGUGACCAAGGAAACAUUCAGUAGUAGAGUGCUUCAGCUGUCUAAAUAUAUAUCAGAUACCCAGUGGAGAUACAAUGUAGUAAUGAGCAAUAGAAAUACAGAGGAGGAGCUUUUUUCCUCAAGGCGGCCACAUCGGACUUUUAAAGCCUCCAGUUUUCGAAGGAGAAAUAGGAAGAUCAAAGGAGCGAACAAAAAGCAGAUGGAGAGCACAAGUAGUGAGUUGAGCACUUCAGAAAGCUGCGCAAGCAACCUGUCUGCAGUAGCCGAGGCUGAUCCCAGUAUGCAAUCACGACAGCGUAACCUUUUGAUUCCCAUGAUGCUGUCCCCUCCUGAAUCUCUCUUGAUUUCUUGUAUUCUAAGAGGAAACUACCCUGAAGCCCAUCAGGUUGCACUGAUGUUUAAUCUCCAAUCUACCUCAAGCUACGGGGAGUUGAUAUUCAUGGAGCGUUACCAAGAUGUUGUGCGAGAGUUGUCCAGAGUCGAGCAAAGGAUUGAAAACCAGACUUCAGAGAGCGGUGCCAGGAAGCUGAGCAAUAGUCGCUCCACCCUGCAAGCCAUUGGCAGUGCUGCUGCAGCAGGUAUGGUGUUUUAUUCCAUUUCUGAUGUGACAGAUAAGCUGCUUGCUCCUGCUGAAGGGCCAAUACCCACACUGCAAGAUGACUUCUGGGCCAAAAGUGCUCGCUUGGAAAAGUCUGAUCCCUGGAGGCACGUGUUAGAGGAGCUGAAUCCUUCAGCAAUGGCAGCCUUUGACUUAGCCUGCACUCAAGCCCAUCUCUGGAAAACAUGCAAGCAGCUACUGGAAACUGCAGAGAGGCGUCUGAACUGCAGCCUGGAAACUAAAGGUCGGAAACCAGACUGUAUCCUUGAUCAUCCUGAGGGAAUUCGAGGGCUUGCGGCUGUCCUACAGCAGCUGAGUAAAAUCAUUAACUAUCCCAGCUCUUCUCUUAGCCAGACUGAAUUAGAAGAGAGAAUAAACAGCCAGUUCAAGUGUAACAUCAUGGAGCUGUUUCAUACGUGCUACCCAGUACUGAAUGAUGAAUGCAUCGUGCAUGACAUUACCUUGGGCUAUGAAUUGGAACAGAUUCUUGCACAGCUAAAAGCUGCAAUUGUUUCUCAUGAACCAAAAGGAAAUCCGGUUCAAUCACUAAUGGACCAGUCCUCCACGAAACCCCAAGAUGUGCAAGUGCAUCCCGUACGCCAGCAGAUGGACCUUCUCUUGAAAAAUCUGGAUGAACAUGGAAACGCUCUAAAUGGUCAUGGCCCAAAACCUGAUAAUGUUAAGAAGUUCUUCACUUACAUAGACACAAUGGCCAAGGUUAUAAUCCAGAGUAUAAAUACAGAGCUGGAUCCUUCCCUUGAAGUGAAAGUUGGGAAUCCAUUUAUUCUGUUGCACCAAAAACCUUCUCAGAUGAUUUCCCAUAUGCUCUUUGAAAGGCAGGUUCCACCAGAGAGGCUGUCUGCACUGUUGGAUAAAGAAAACCUUGGAGUGAGCGUUGAGCAGGUCAUAGCUGAUUACUGCUGUGAGCCAAUGUCGUUCUGUAUUGUGAGAAAGCACAGCCAUGCUUUGUGUCUCAGGCGCAAUAUUGGCCAGAUAACUCAGCAUUGUGUGGAGCUCACCUUGCCUGACAUGGAGAUCUCUAUUCCCAGCUGUGCUCAUGACGAAGAAGACCAUAGUCCUGCAUCUCCUACCCCUGACCAUAAUCCGUGCUUUCUCACAGCCUCUGCUCUGAAUUUCCUGAAGUCUAAGUCAAGGUUAGCAGCAGCCUUGGCCUGUUUAAGUGCUGCUAAGUCCCAGAAGCCUUCCAAAUCAGGGCUAUCUUGGAUGGAAUUAAUAGGGAGUAAGAAAGAAAGCCCCUUAGAUAUGGAAACCAUUACAAAGGAAUGUGAUUCUCUGCUCUUAGAGUUUCCAGUUCUGCAGAGGUUCAUCUCUGCUAUGGCUGCACCUUUUCGAGACUGUCCAUCUGAGGCUAAUAGUUUUGCCGGUGCUCUGUGUGGGAAGCCAUGUGCAGCUUUGGUUCUGCUAGGACUUCACUCCCCCACGGCAAAUGCUGUGGUAACAGAAACUUUUCAGGAAACCGUCGCCACAAAGGAUUGGUCAAGUGCGUUACAGUUUUUGGAUUUGUACAACAGUGACCUUAAAGAUCUUGUAGAGGUCAGAGAUGCCCUGCUUUCCUGCGCAGCUGCUGAAGAAAAGGAUGGUCAUAGAUAUCUCUUCUCUGUGAAAGACCCUGGUCUGAGGAGCAAGCUUGCCAUCUGUUUCCUGCACAAGUGGCCUCUGGACGCCUGCAUAGAGAUAUUAUCUUAUUGUGUGUGCGAACCAGAGAUCGACGAAGAUCUGAAGCGGGAGCUUCAGAAUAAAAGGAGCGAAAUGGAAGUCUAUCAGAAGAUUUUAAGUCUGAAAGAGGAUUCAUCUUGGGUAACCUGGCAAGAACUUAAGAAGGAUUGCAAGGAGGAUCCACACACCAUUAUAAGUAUUAUGCUGGAUGCUAAGGAUUACACACUGUGUGAAGAGUGGGAGAAAUUUUAUCCAGUUCCUAUGGAACUUCUAAUCAGUCUUCACUGUGAACAUCUGCUGCAUCUGCUGGGGAACCAAGACACCGAUAAAGCAAUACAGCUCUUACAAAGGAUAGAUGACCAAUCUCUGAGAUGUGCCAUCAGUGAACAAGCUCUACUUCAACAGUCCAGCAUAUUUGCCUGCCAUUUCUUCUCAGAGUACCUGCUUAAUAACUUCCAUAACGGCAAGUCUGAGGCAAAGCUCUUGGAAAUACGAGAUGUAUACAUGGGUUCAAAGAUUCUGCUGGCACUUCCAGAGUCUGCUCAUUCCAGUUCCAAACAUCUCAUCUCCAGUCCCCUCCUCCUUCUAGAGCAACUUCUGAUGAACAUGAAAAUAGACUGGGUUGCCGUUGCAGUGCAGACUAUAAAGCAGUUCCUGGAUGAACUGGAGUCUAGCUUUUCCACCGAGGAUGUGGACAAAUUACUUUGUACAUAUGCAGGCAAAGCUCUGGAUAUCCCUUUUUCCUUUAGAGAGAGGAGAUCAGAUUCAAUGAUUCGAAACACAGAAAGCUGCGGUCAGUUAGCAGAACCAGAGAGUACAUCAUUACCCUCAACACCAGAGCCAUCAACUCCCUCUAUAGCUGAUCGAAUUAUAGAUCGGUCGCGAUUCCAGACACCACCAAGCUCUCAAGAGAAAUUACAAAGAAGAAUCAAGUCUUCUCCAGAAUUUGUCCCACCAGAAAAACCUCCAGCCAAAACACAGUGGAUCCCAGAUGAAAGAGAGAUAACAUGUAUGGUGUGUAAAAACGAGAGAUUCACAAUGUUUAACCGCAGGCAUCAUUGUAGACGUUGUGGAAGGCUGGUGUGUAGCUCGUGCUCCAUGAAAAGGAUGGUAGUAGAAGAUUGCCGAGAAAACCCUGCUAGAGUCUGUGAUCAGUGCCAUGCCUACUUCUCUACAAACAUCAAUAAAACGGAUGAAGACUCCGACUACAUGGAAGCUGAAAGGCCAGGGGGAAACCUAGACUUAGCCGAAAUCCUGAAGUUAUCCAAAGCGGCAGAACUGCAGUGGUGCCUGACUGUAAACGAGCAAGAGAAUGAAGUUGAAAGAAGUGAAUUUUACUAUGAACAGGCACCGAGUGCAUCCUUAUGCUCUGCCAUCCUAAAUCUGCAUUCUAAGAGUGAGGAAUGUGGGUACCAGUUAAUUGAGCGCUGUUGCAUGUUGUCCAAGGACUUGACUAACCCAGAGAUGGACAGCAGACUCCUUCUAGACAUGAUGAAGAACUUACUCUUCAGCGCAAAGAUGAUAUUUGUGAAAGCAGCAAGGAGCCAGGAUCUUGCACUCUGUGACAGCUAUAGCAGCAAAGUGGACUUGCUGAAAAUUUUGGUUGCAGCUUCUUACCAGGAAAUCCCUUCUCUGGAUGAAAUUGUGAGGCCUGCCGCGGUUAUAAGGUUGCGAAAUCAACUUUUGGAAGCAGAGUAUUACAAUCUUGCAAUCGAGGUCUCCACAAAGACAGGACUUGACCCUGCAGGUGUCUGGCAAGCAUGGGGAAUGGCAUGCCUUAAGUCUGGCAAUUUAUCUGGAGCAAGGGAGAAAUUCAGCAGAUGCAUGAAAGCCCCAUUGGAUCCCAAUCAAAAGAACGUAAGACCCACUCUUCUAGAUGAUGUGGUGCAGUACCUGGAAUCUGCUGCCCAACCCAUUCUUCUUGUGAAUGACGACGACUACUUUGCAACACUAAAAGAACUCAAAGCUACCUUGAAACCCAACUGCAUUUGGUUUGAAAUGAUGUCAGAGGAAAAACACCAACAUAAUAAAUAUUAUCAGGAGUGUUUACAUUACCUGCACACCUAUGGCACCCACCUCGCCAUCAUCCAGUUCUACAUGCGCCGUGACCGCAUGCGGGAGGCUUUGUUGCAUCUCUUAAAUAAGGAAUGCCCUGGAGAUAUUUUCAUUGAGGGAAUUUUUGUGCCGAGCUACGAAAGCGGCAAGUUACAGAUGCUGGAAACCCUGCUGGAAUCUCUUGACCCUACGCUGGAAAGCUGGAGCACUUACCUGAUUGAAGCCUGCAAGCACCUUCAGCAAAAGAACUUCUAUAACAUCCUGUAUGAACUGCAGCAGUUUAUGAAGGAUCACAUCCGUGCUGCUAUGACCUGCAUACGGUUUUUCUCAUAUAAGGCAAAAAGUUACCGCGAGCUAGGAGACAAUAUGAACUGGCUGGUGAAAUCCAAAGAGCAUCUCAAGACGUGCUUGCAAGAAAUGCCUCGGGGGAACAACAAGAGAAAAUCAUAUGACCCGUUUCGGAAGAAAAUGUCUAAUUCUGAAAUUUCCAGGCACAUAAAUACAGUGGAACUUCAGAUGGCCAUCACCAAAUUCUUGCAGCGAUGUGAGAACUCGGGGACCUCUCAAACCCUUAACAAGCCGCCUCCCACCCUGUUUGGAGACAGUGGUAUGAUCAUAGAUGUCGCCUGUAGGGUCAUUUUAGGAGGUAAAAAUGUGGAAGAAGGUUUUGGACUUGCUUUUCGAGUGAUCCAGGAUUUUCAGUUGAAUGCAGCCAAGGUGUAUGGCAAGGUGUGCAAACAGCUGGUCGGACAGGAGCAUUACACCGAGAUUCUGCAACUCGUCAAGUGUGUCAGUGAAUCUGGCAUUGCUGCCGAGAACGAUUGCGACCAAAUUUUACUGCGGUGCAUUGAGGAAAUGGCAGACAUGUCCUCUGAUGAGCUGGAAAAACUGAUCCAAGGAAUGAGAAGUGAUGAGAACAAGAUUAAGGCUUUCCUCACCUGCCGCAUGAUGCGCUCUGCCUAUUUAACAGCCGUGAAACAAGAACACGAGAGAGCCAUCCAGCUCGUCCAGGAGGUGUGGCAGGCAGCCCGCAGACUUGAUGACAAGGUUGUGCAGGGGAUUUGCCAUAAAUGGCUUCUGGAACACCCACCAAAAUCGAAGGAGGCCCAUAAGCAUAGCUCCAGGAAGUGAAAACUUGAUUUGUGCCCUUGAACAUCAGGUUACUUUUAGAAGUAUCCUAUUCAGUUAUAUGGGCAAUUGUACUUUUUAACAAGUGUGUGCCACUUAAAGUCAUUUCUAAGGCCCAGGGAAAAUUACCCUUUUAUUGUAUUUGUUCAACCUUUAGCCCUUCA